CUUGUGAUUCCUUUCCUUCCCUUCCUUUUCUUCUCGUCUCAACCUCGCUCUCCCGUCGACGCUCUUUUUCCUUCCGUCGAGUCUUCCCAAGAGGGGAUAACUCACCCUCUCUGCCUAUUCAGUUCGUUUUCAAGUCGCUCAUUCACCCAAUCCAAUCCAAUCCAAACCAACCGGUGCGCGUCUUGAUCGGCCGUCACCCGCUACUGUCGUCACUUUCGACCCUCGUCUGUCUAUACCCUCGUUCUCAUUACCACCAACAAACCGCAAGAGGAACCCCACGAUCAGCUGGUUCUACAUCAUGAUGGGUCUCUCCUCGGUCCUCACGACCACCCUCCUGGCCUUGCGCCUCUUCUCUCUGGACGCGCUCGCGGCUCCCACGCCCGAUCCCGUGCCCCAGGCUGCCACCCCCGGUGCGGCCGCCGGCUUCUGGGUCUCGACGAUCGAGCGCCGCGGCACCUCUGCAUUUGGCGAUGCCAACUACAAGAUCUAUCGCAACGUCAAGGACUACGGUGCCAAGGGUGAUGGCUCCAGCGACGACACCGUUGCUAUCCAGGCCGCGAUGGACGACGGAAACCGCUGCGGUUUCGGCUGUGACUCCCAGACCACGACGCCUGCGCUCGUCUACUUCCCGACCGGCACCUACGUCGUCAGCAAGCCCAUCGUCAUGAAGUACUACACCCACAUGGUCGGAGACGCCACCGCCUUGCCUACCAUCAAGGCGGCCGCGAGCUUCACCGGCAUGGCUGUGAUCGAUGCCAACCCGUACGACAAUCAGGGCAAUAACGCUCACACAAACCAGAACAACUUUUGGAAGCUCGUUCGCAACUUCAACAUCGACUUGACUGGCAUGCCCUUCACCUCCGGUGCCGGCAUUCACUGGCAGGUCGCCCAGGCCACCAGCCUGCAGAACAUCGUCUUCAACAUGCGCACCGACGGAGGCGAGGCCAACGUCCAGCAGGGUAUCUUCAUCGACAAUGGGUCCGGCGGCUUCAUGACCGACCUGACGUUCAAUGGCGGCAAGUAUGGUGCUUUCAUGGGAUCGCAGCAGUUCACCACGCGUAACCUGACCUUCAACAACUGCAAGACGGCCGUCUACAUGAACUGGAACUGGCUCUGGACCUUCCAGGACGUCAAGAUCAACAACUGCGGCGUCGGUAUCGACAUGUCCAACGGCGGUGGCGCUUCGCAGACGGUCGGCUCCGUGCUGCUCCUCGACAGCGUCAUCAGCAACACGCCCGUCGGCAUCCUGACCGCCUACAGCCCGGCAUCGUCCGCGACUAACGGCAGUCUGAUCCUCGACAACGUCGACAUGUCGGCCAACGUUCCCGCCGCCGUCCAGAUGCUCGACACCAAGGCCACCAUCCUCCCCGGCAACCAAAAGAUCGCCUCCUUCAUCCAGGGCAAGACAUACACGGGCGCCGCCGCCGGCAGCGGCAAGGCUGUCCAGGCCGCCCAGGACGCCGUCGUCAAGCCCGCCGUCCUCCUCGCCUCAGACGGCAAGGUUGUCACGCGCAGCAAGCCGCAGUACGAGAAGGUGCCGGCCAGCUCGUUCCUCAGCGCCAAGGCCAACGGCUGCAAGGGCGACGGGAAGAGCGACGACACGGCGGCCAUCCAGGCGCUGUUCAACAAGGCCGGCCCCAACGACAUUGUCUACUUUGACCACGGCGCGUACAUCAUCUCGGACACGGUCGAAGUGCCCAAGGACAUCAAGAUCACGGGUGAGGUCUGGCCUCUGCUGAUGGCCAACGGCGCGGCCUUCAAGGACCAGGCCAACCCCAAGGUCGUCUUCCGUGUCGGCAAGCCCGGCGACGUCGGCACGUUCGAGAUGAGCGACCUCAUCAUCCAGACCCAGGGACCCCAGGCCGGCGCCAUCCUCAUGGAGUACAACAUCGCCGGGUCCACGCCCGGUGCGGCCGGCCUCUGGGACGUCCACUUCCGCAUCGGAGGCAGCGCCGGCACCCAGCUCCAGUCGGACAAGUGCGCCAAGAACCCCAACGUGACGGCGCCCGCCAACCCCGAGUGCAUCGGCGCCUAUAUGCUCACCCACAUGACGGCCGAGUCGUCGGGCUACUUUGAGAACACGUGGUGGUGGGUGGCCGACCACGAGCUCGACCUGCCGGACCGCAAGGCCCAGAUCAACAUCUACAACGGCCGCGGCGUGCUCUGCGAGGCGACCAAGGGCACCUGGUUCUGGGGCACGGCGUCGGAGCACAACGUGCUGUACAACUACCAGUUCAACAAGGCCUCCAACGUCUACAUGGCGCACAUCCAGACCGAGACGGCCUACUUCCAGGGCAACCCGGAUGCCAAGACGCCCUUCACCGUCAACCAGGCCAUCCUCGACCCCAACUUCGACACCUUCUGCGCGGGGCAGGGCAACAGGUGCGCGCGCACGUGGGGCGUCCGCGCCAUCGACUCCAAAGACAUCCUCAUCUACGGCGCCGGCCUGUACUCCUUCUUCGACAACUACGACCAGGUGUGUGUCGGCCAGAACAACUGCCAGGACCACAUGGUGUCCCUCGAGAACAGCGACGUCAAGUUCUUCGGCCUCAGCACCAAGGCGGCCGUCAACAUGGUGACGGUCAACGGCAAGAGCGCGGCGCUCGACAGCGACAACCGCAACAACUUCUGCGCAACCGUCGCGCUCUUCCAGGCGCCGUCCCUCUAGGAGAGCUCUUGCGCCUACUACGAAGCGGAGGGGCCCUGGGUCCCCGGCCCAUUCCCGGUUCACGAGCCGUCCUAGGAGAGGCCCCGGUACGGGAUCUCGCCGGUCCCGAGCAUGCCGGCGCUGUCUCCCCUGGAUUCGUGGCUGGCAACGACGGCGUACGAGGACGGCUAUGAUCACGCCCAGAAGCUGAUGAUCGCGAACCGCCGCCAUGCUAUUCUCGGAUAGGCGUGGCCAUCGUCCGCCACCCCUCCCACCCCCGUGGUCCGUGGUAUGUCAGUCCAGUGGCGUGUCAGAUGCGUCUUCCUUUUUUCUCAUUCUUCUUCUUGUGCCAUGAAAUACUGGCAGGAGGCACACUUGCAUUAUGGGGGUUGGAGUUUGGGUAGGAGGGUUUCUAGAAAACGAACGAAGGAUUGUGCGCUGAGGAUCCACGAAAUACGGGAUGGGGGGAUUGACUUUGUUUUUUUGCCUUAGAGGCAACCUUGAUACCAUCCAUACAUACAAAAUCCGUUUGGUUUGACUAA